GAAGCGGAUGCCACCGGCACUUCCGCCUUCACCCCUGGGCCAAUCACAAUCCGGGAAGGGACGUUUCCGGCGGCUUCGGGGCGGGAGUUCCGGUCUCGUUGCGGUAGAGCCUCCUUCCGGGAGCGGUUGAUGGUUGAGAGGCGGCCACGUGGACCGGAGCACAGCUCCGGGACCGUGUCUCUAGGCGAGCGAGACAGCGGGCCUGUCUCCGCACCUCAUCGGAGCCGUGACGCCCCAGCUCCGGCUCCUUCGCCGUGACACUGUGUCCCCGUCUAUGGGGCAGGAGACUUCGCGCCUGGCGUUUGCCAGGCUCCGCCAAGACUGCACGUUUCUGCAGGCCUCCACCCGCGCUCCGUCGCCAAGGGCCCCGAGGACGGCGGCCUGGGCCUUUCGGGCAUAUGACGUCAUUUUUUGGGUUGUUGUUUGACUUCAUUUUAUAGCGAGGUUCGGAGUUUGAGGCGCGGCCCGAGGUGACCCUGCCCUGGUCUCCCGCCUCUCGGGGCCCCUUUCCGCCCACUGUGUCCCGUGGCAGUGGCAGGUGCGGCAGCACUGAUGAAUCCGGGGCAGGGCAGUGUGACCUUCGAGGAUGUGUUCGUGUACUUCUCCCGGGAGGAGUGGGAGCUGCUAGAGGAAGCUCAGAGACUCCUGUACCGCGAUGUGAUGCUGGAGAACUUUGCGCUGGUGUCAUCGCUGGGACUUGCAGUUUCCAGGUCUCAUGGGGCUACCCAGCUGGCCGGAGGGGAGCCUGGGGUGCCUGAGGAGGUAGACACUGCUCCGGUCAGAGCAGAGAAGACCUGGAGGAGGCCCAGGCCCGGUAACAUGUCGCACUCCAAAAACAGUCAUACUUUGAGUGCAAAGUAUGUGGGUAUACCUGCUGUGACAACUGUUUUUCCGCUCAUUAUGUGAGAGUUCUCACGAGAGAGGACCCCAGAGUACAGUGAGUGUGGAAAGGCCUUCAUUCACCCUUAUUUGUCUGGCCUAAUAGGAUCCAUGCUGGAGAAAGAGAGCCUUUAGUUAUAGUUCCUCCCUGAUUCCAUACGGGAAGGCUCACACGAGGGAGAAACGUGAAUCUAGCGGAUGUGGACAGUACCUCUUCAUUCGUUCAUUCCUUACCAAGCCUCAGAGUGUUCAUGCUGGGGAGAAACCCUGUGAGCGUGAGAAAUGGACCAAAGCCUUUUGCAUGUGAACUUGUCUCAGGCACUGUCAGAGAACUCAUACUGGGAGAAGACCUUUUGAAUGUAACUCCUGGGGAAAAUCUCCUGAACAGAGGAAGCUUUGUACCUGAGGAAUUAUACCAAAGAGAAACAAGUGUUCGUAUGCUGUGAGAAAAUCUUCUGAGAUCAGUUAUCACUUAUUGUCAUUUGAAGAGUCAUACAGGAAAUUGGUCCAUCCUAGGAGAUUGCAUCUGAGGAUGUAUAAAGGAGAGAGAACCAGUGGCUACUGUGCAGUUUCAAAAAUCUUCAACCAUAGCUCUACCAUUACAAUGCACUGAAAAAUAUAACAGGCAAAUAAAUGUAUUUAUGACUUUUUUUCUGAUUUUCCUGAGAAACCAAUGACAGUUUAUUCAGUUCAGUUCAGUCGCGCAGUCGU